GUUCUUGCCCAUCCCGGGCCAGCCAGUCAUUCCAAUCACUUCAGCUUUUGUACGCUAGCUCUGCUUGCUGUGAUAGCGCGAAUGCCAUACCGGGCUACGGAAGGUCCUUGUCGACUAGCAAGACUAGGCAAGGCUGGAUUCUCAUCGUUCUUUAUCCGUUGUUUCUGCGGUGAUUGACCUGAAACAUAUCAAAAUUCGACAAGGUUGCGGCUACCGCCCGAAGAUGACACUCGGAUAUGGAAAAUUCCCGCAGGAAUCCUAUAUGAAGGCUGCCUUCUUUCUCAGUGACGUUUCCAGGACGACCCUACAAGCUCUGCUGCCUGCCGAUGUGGCCAUUCUCGUCGUACCCGGAACGCUCCGUGCAAGAGCUCGAGGAUGUCUACGACUAUAUCGUAGUUGGAGGUGGCACUGCUGGAUGCGUGCUCGCUAGCAGGCUCAGCGAAGAUGAAUCUGCAACGGUGCUGCUAGUAGAGCGCGGAGGCGUUCAGGAUUCUUGGAUCGCACGCGUACCAUUGCUUUCCUCUCACUUCGCAUCAGAUGGCUCGCGCUCUCGUGUUUGGAAGUCCAUUCCGCAGGAACGCGUCAACGGGCGCGCGUUCGAGUUGGCUGGAGGUAACUCGUUGGGUGGCUCAUCCAAGAUCAACGCCAUGCUGUACACGCGCGGCCUUCCCGCGGAGUACAAUUCGUGGAGCCAGGCGGGGCAUAAAGGGUGGAGCUACGAUGAGAUUCAGCCGUACUUCGUCAAGUCUGAGACGGAUCUCGAUCAGAACCCAGAAAGUGCCGACGCGUUUCAUGGCGUAUCUGGCCCGUGGCAAAACAGAUCGUACAAGCAAAAUGUUUGGGGUCAUACUACUCCAAUCAUCGAAGGCGCGAAGGCAUUAGGAGUUCCAUACGUAGACGAUCUCAACUCCCCUCUCCAUCCCUCACACGGCUGCGCGAAGAUGCACUUCAAUAUUGACCAGCGUGGCUACCGCAGUUCCACCCUCACGGCAUUCCUGCCCCAGUCGGUUGCAUCACAGCGUGCGCAGCGCUUGCACAUCUGCACACGCACUUCCGUGCUUCGCAUUGACGUGCAAAAGGGCGAGAAGGAUGUUUCAGAGGCAAGGGGUAUCCAUAUCCAGGCUCUGAACGGGCGCUCGUCAUCAAGUGGGAUUGGCCCGCAAGGACAUUUAGAGAAGCAUGGCAUUCCGGUCAUGAAGCAUCUGGCUGGGGUAGGAUCUCACCUGCAAGACCAUCUGGGCGUCCCUGUGCAGUAUCGGGUGCCAUUACGCGACUCUGUGGUGCAGCUGCAAGUUCGACCUUGGUUAAUCAUCAAGGAACUCUUCUUAUACCUUUUCUUUGGGCUUGGGAUCCUGCUCGCUCCGGUGCUGGAGCUAUCCAUUUUCCUCCAGUCGCGGCUCUUCGAUGCAGACUUUCGUACUAUCACACCUACUAAGGCAGACGAGGAUGCCUCGUUGCCCGUGAAUAUACCCGAUAUUGAAGUCAUGCCCAUCGCUUGGAGCGACAUAGCGGCAUCAAAAGUCAAAGGCGAUGGCGGCCUCGGAUUUCUCGUGAUACCGCUGAGGCCAAACUCGAAAGGAACGAUUCGAUUGGCUUCGAGCGACCCUCGCGAUGAUCCCGUUGUUGAUUUGAACUAUCUUGCCACCGACUACGACUGGACGAUCAUGCGCCAGGGUAUCCGUUUCACAAUGCGCCUCAAGGAGCAAAUUUCUGCUAGAGGCUACCCAAUCCGUGACUAUCUCGUGCCGCCCAGCGAAUCCGACUCCGACGUCAACGAAUUCAUUCGCCGCUAUGCGCAGACGUCGUAUCAUUAUUCGUCUACGUGUAGGAUGGCGCCGGAAGACGGCGGAGUUCAUGCAGGCGGGGUGGUCGAUGACAGGCUGCAAGUGCAUGGCGUGCGGGGACUGCGGAUUGCUGACUCUAGCGUGUUUCCACAUAUCUUGAGCACUCAUCUUGCUGCAGCUACUGUCGCCGUCGCCGAGAAGUGCGCUGACAUGAUAAAGGAAGAACAUGUCAGCAAGGUCUGCUAGAACCCGUUCAGCCUGUGCGAUCCCUGGUGGAACAGCGACGUCGUGUUUUGGUCAUUUUCAUGCAAUCGUUUUCUUGCUGGCGUUCAUUCGUGGCGAUGGCGUACCAAACGACGAGACGUUCACUUACGCGACUCAUUGUGGACCGUUGGACGCAUCAUCCACUUAUAUCAGAACAGGAGGUUGUCUACGUGGUGGCAGCUUUAGGCAGCCCCAGAAUGAAAACUCUCGAAGAGAAACGUUACCCAAGGUUAAUCCAGACAUUAACAAAACUUAGCCUAAAUAUCCUAGAUUGCAAUUGUCGUAGAACUUAUCAUAUUGACACAUGGAACUUAUCUACACAAGCGUAACUAACAGGAAUACUUACGGUUAAAG